AUGGAGGAUGACGGCAUUGGGACUUUAAGGAAAGUGUCAAGGCAAGAGUAUUUGAAGAAAAGAGAGCAGAAGAAAUUAGAAGAACUCAGAGAUGAUAUUGAAGAUGAGCAAUACUUAUUCGACGGUGUCAAGUUGACUGAAGCAGAGCAGCAGGAAUUAAGAUAUAAGAAACAAAUUUAUGAUCUUGUCAAGAAGAGGACAGAAGAAUCUGAUUUCGCCAAUGAGUAUAGGAUGCCUGAUGCGUAUGAUAUGGAUGGUGGUGUUAAUCAAGAAAAAAGAUUUGCGGUAGCAAUGCAGCGUUACAGGGAUCCUGCUGCAGAAGAAAAGAUGAACCCAUUUGCUGAACAAGAAGCAUGGGAGGAUCAUCAGAUUGGCAAAGCAACUCUUAAAUUCGGGUCCAAGGAUAAAAAGCAAAAGCAUGAUGAUUACGAGUUUGUGUUUGAAGAUCAAAUAGAGUUUAUUAAGACAAAUGUGAUGGAUGGUGUAAAUAUUGAUCAAGAACUAUCUGUGGAGUCGCCAGAGGCUUCUGCUGCCAAGACAGCAUUUGAAAAGCUACAGAGUGACAGAAAAACGCUGCCAGUCUAUCCUUACAGAGAGGAGUUGCUCCAAGCUGUUAAUGAUCACCAGGUUCUUGUUAUUGUUGGGGAGACGGGUUCUGGAAAAACUACUCAGAUACCUCAGUACCUCCAUGAGGCAGGGUAUACUGCCCGAGGAAAGAUUGGAUGUACCCAGCCGAGAAGGGUUGCUGCUAUGAGUGUUGCUGCUCGAGUAUCUCAGGAAAUGGGAGUAAAACUCGGGCAUGAGGUUGGGUAUUCUAUCAGAUUUGAAGACUGUACUUCAGAUAAGACGGUUUUAAAAUAUAUGACCGAUGGAAUGUUGCUACGUGAAUUCCUUGGAGAACCUGACCUUGCAAGUUACAGUGUGGUGAUGGUGGAUGAGGCCCAUGAAAGAACGCUCUCAACAGAUAUUCUAUUUGGCUUGGUUAAGGAUAUCGCUCGGUUUCGUCCCGAUCUAAAAUUGCUCAUCUCGAGUGCCACGCUCGAUGCAGAAAAAUUCAGCGAUUAUUUCGAUUCUGCUCCGAUUUUCAAAAUACCCGGGAGGCGAUUUCCUGUCGAAAUACAUUACACCAAAGCUCCUGAAGCCGAUUACCUCGACGCUGCUAUUGUUACCGCUCUUCAGAUUCACGUGACUCAGCCUCCUGGAGAUGGCGACAUUCUCGUUUUCUUAACGGGUCAGGAGGAAAUCGAAACUGCCGAAGAGAUUCUCAAGCAUAGGACCCGAGGGCUAGGAACGAAAAUAGCCGAGCUCAUCAUAUGCCCUAUUUAUGCCAAUCUGCCUACAGAGCUUCAGGCCAAGAUAUUCGAACCCACUCCUGAAGGGGCACGUAAAGUAGUCCUGGCAACUAAUAUUGCCGAGACUUCUUUAACAAUUGACGGGAUUAAGUAUGUGAUCGAUCCGGGUUUUUCAAAAAUGAAGUCUUACAAUCCGAGGACUGGGAUGGAAUCUUUAUUAGUCACUCCAAUUUCGAAAGCAUCGGCCAAUCAGCGAGCGGGUCGAUCUGGAAGGACGGGUCCUGGAAAAUGCUUUCGACUGUACACUGCUUAUAACUACCAUCACGAUCUAGACGAUAAUACUGUUCCUGAAAUACAAAGGACAAAUUUGGCUAAUGUUGUUCUUACUCUCAAGAGCCUUGGCAUUAAUGACUUACUGAACUUUGACUUCAUGGACCCUCCACCGUCUGAAGCUCUGUUGAAGGCUUUGGAGUUGCUUUAUGCUUUGAGUGCUCUUAAUAAACAUGGCGAGUUGACGAAAGUGGGUAGAAGGAUGGCUGAAUUCCCGCUUGAUCCUAUGCUGUCGAAAAUGAUUGUCGUGUCUGAAAAGUACCAGUGCUCGGACGAGGUCAUAUCUAUUGCUGCGAUGCUUUCUAUUGGGAAUUCGAUAUUUUAUCGUCCUAAGGACAAGCAGGUUCAUGCAGACAAUGCCCGUCUGAAUUUCCACACGGGAAAUGUUGGAGAUCAUAUUGCUUUGCUUAAGGUGUACAGCUCGUGGAAGGAAACCAAUUUUUCAACACAAUGGUGCUACGAGAAUUAUAUCCAGGUUAGAAGCAUGAAGAGAGCUAGAGAUAUACGUGAUCAACUAGAAGGGCUUUUGGAAAGAGUUGAAAUCGAAUUGACUUCCAAUCUGAAUGAUUUGGACGCAAUUAAGAAAGCUAUAACAGCAGGGUUUUUUCCGCACUCUGCAAGGUUACAAAAGAACGGGUCAUAUAGAACGGUCAAGCAUCCACAAACAGUUCAUAUCCACCCGAGCUCUGGCUUGGCACAGGUACUUCCAAGAUGGGUCGUUUACCACGAAUUGGUUUUAACAACUAAGGAGUACAUGCGUCAGGUGACAGAAUUGAAACCAGAAUGGCUGGUAGAAAUAGCUCCACAUUAUUAUCAGUUGAAGGAUGUGGAAGAUUUGAAUUCGAAGAAAAUGCCACGUGGCGAGGGUAGGGCUGCUAAGGAUUGA